AGCGGGGAGGAGGGGCCGGGGCGGGCUGGCGGGCGGCCGGGUGGCGGCGGCGGCAUGGCGGAGCCGAGCGGGGACGAGGCCAGGCCCCCCAUUCGGGUCACCGUCAAGACCCCCAAGGACAAGGAGGAAAUAGUGAUCUGCGAUCGGGCCUCCGUCAAGGAGUUCAAAGAGGAAAUCUCCAGGAGGUUUAAGGCUCAGCAGGAUCAGCUGGUCCUGAUCUUCGCAGGCAAGAUCCUCAAGGACGGGGACACACUGAACCAGCAUGGGAUCAAGGAUGGGCUCACUGUCCAUCUGGUCAUCAAGACCCCUCAGAAGGCUCAAGAUCCAGCUGCUGCUACUGCUUCUUCCCCCUCCACUCCAGACCCUGCCUCAGCACCCUCCACCACUCCUGCUUCACCUGCUACCCCUGCACAGCCCUCCACCUCUGGCAGCGCCACUUCAGAUGCUGGCAGUGGAAGCCGGAGGAGCAGUGGGGGGGGUCCCUCCCCUGGGGCUGGGGAGGGACCCCCCAGUGCUACUGCAUCCAUACUCUCUGGCUUUGGGGGCAUCUUGGGCCUGGGCAGCCUGGGCCUAGGCUCCGCCAACUUCAUGGAGCUGCAGCAGCAGAUGCAGAGACAGCUGAUGUCCAAUCCUGAGAUGCUGUCCCAGAUCAUGGAGAACCCCCUGGUCCAGGACAUGAUGUCCAACCCCGACCUGAUGCGCCAUAUGAUCAUGGCCAACCCCCAGAUGCAGCAGUUGAUGGAGCGGAAUCCUGAGAUCAGCCACAUGCUCAACAACCCAGAGCUCAUGAGGCAGACAAUGGAGCUUGCUCGAAAUCCAGCCAUGAUGCAAGAAAUGAUGCGGAACCAGGACCGAGCCCUGAGCAAUCUGGAGAGCAUCCCUGGAGGGUAUAAUGCCCUCCGUCGCAUGUAUACAGACAUCCAAGAGCCGAUGUUCAGUGCUGCCCGGGAACAGUUUGGCAACAAUCCCUUCUCUUCCCUGGCCGGGAACUCCGACAGCUCGUCCUCCCAGCCUCUGCGGACUGAAAACCGAGAGCCCCUCCCUAACCCCUGGAGCCCCUCGCCCCCCACCUCCCAGGCCCCCGGGUCCGGGGGGGAGGGCACCGGAGGAUCGGGGACCAGCCAGGUGCACCCGACAGUCUCGAACCCCUUUGGGAUCAAUGCGGCUAGCCUGGGGUCAGGGGUGUUCAACAGCCCAGAGAUGCAGGCCCUCCUCCAGCAGAUCUCUGAAAACCCCCAACUGAUGCAGAACGUGAUCUCAGCUCCCUACAUGCGCAGCAUGAUGCAGACGCUUGCUCAGAACCCCGACUUUGCUGCUCAGAUGAUGGUGAAUGUGCCGCUCUUUGCGGGGAACCCCCAGCUGCAGGAGCAGCUCCGCCUUCAGCUCCCUGUCUUCCUGCAGCAGAUGCAGAACCCAGAGUCCCUCUCCGUCCUCACCAACCCCCGUGCCAUGCAGGCACUGCUCCAGAUCCAGCAGGGCCUGCAGACCCUACAGACCGAGGCCCCUGGGCUGGUACCCAGCCUUGGCUCCUUUGGGAUGUCCCGGACCCCAGCACCCCUGGCAGGCAGCAACACCGGCUCCAUACCCGAGGCUCCCACCUCCUCACCAGUACCCCCCGCCACGUCUUCUCCAGCAGGAGCUUCCAGUGCUCAGCAGCACCUCAUGCAGCAGAUGGUCCAGCUGUUGGCCGGGGGUGGGAGCUCACAGGUGCAGAUGCCAGAAGUGAGGUUCCAGCAGCAGCUGGAACAGCUCAACUCCAUGGGCUUCAUGAACCGUGAGGCCAACCUGCAGGCCCUGAUUGCCACGGGAGGGGACGUCAAUGCUGCCAUCGAGAGACUCCUGGGCUCGCAGCUCUCCUAACCCUUUGGCCGCGCCUCCUGCCUCUCCCUCCCCUGGGCACCAGUUCGUGGCUCCUCUGUCAGCCCCUGCCCUCUGUGCCUGCCGUCCCCAUCUUCUCUCCUGUCCUCUCCAGACAGCAAGGUGGCUUUAGGGGCGCAGGCCUGGCCCCAGAGCUAUGAGAAUUUUGGUGUUAACCUGCACAUCUCUAUGGAGUGCUCUCCGGCCCUGCUCUAGUGGGGCUGUGUAAGCCGUCUUCACAGUUCACUGGUCGGCUCCAGCUCCUGACCCCACCACCACCUUGUACAGCCCGCCGAUGUCCCAGCGGCAGUGCAGGCUCUGGAGGGACUGCUGUCCGCUCUGCUGGGACGGGGUCUUUUCCGUGUCCCACUAGGGAUUUGCUUGUUGUAUGGUUUCUUGUGGUGAUUCUUCCUUCUCUCUGUCCCUCCUCCCACCUGCAGCCCAACCUGUGCCAGGGUCACACAUGCGGAAGGAGGGGCAGGUGAACAGGCUAUCUUUUCCUCCUCACCACUCACCCCCCGCCCCGCCCUGAUCCCUUCAUCUAAGCUUUGUCAGGAUGUCCCAGGAGAGGACGAUGCCUGUUCUGCCUGUCUAGAGGGGGAGACAGCCCUCCGUGCAAGGAGCUAGCAAGCCCUGGACCAGCCCCAUGGAGAUCUGUGCAAAGGAGGGGAACUGGGAUUUGCUAGAGGAAGGGAAUGGCUCUGAAGUUAGAAUUGACACUUAGGGAAUGGAGGCCCUAGUAGCUGUUGUAAGCAGGGGGCCCAGGCUCCAGCCUGGUAGAGAAGGCCUACAGAUGCUAACAGAAUCUGAGCUGGAGGAAAGGGCCCCCUGGGGCUCCUGCCAGCCCCAUUCCAGGACCUGCCUAUGUCCCCAGGUACCAGGGCUUUGAGCACCCCUCAGAAGACAUGAAGGAGUUGAGGUCUGUGUCAGCAGCAGGGGGGUGUGCCAGUGGGCACACACAUGCACCUCAGCUGCACAAGAGGGUAGAUUCUUUGUUGAUGACUGGUCCCGAGCUCUCUCCCACCACAGAGAAGUAGGCAGAAGGGCCAGUCUAGGGUAGGAGUACAUACAGUCCAGUGAGCUAGGUCCCUUGGGCCCCUGGGUGCUGGGUACCCCAAGGGCAGCGUGGCUACCCCUUCCAAAGCUGUCGGGGCUGUGGCAGCACCCCUACUACCCCUCUCCUCCUCGCUGUUGGGGAACAGGAGAAGAGUCCUGCCCUCUGCAGCCCUGGCCUCUGGAGUCUUCAUUGUUUGCUUCCAGGCCAGAAAGUUCUAUUUGAGGAAGAGAAGGGGAGGGCCGCAAUCAUGCUUUUGCUCUGGAAUUGGAUGUUGCUCUAUUGGAGUGCUAGGAAGGCUCCUACAGUCUCUUCUCUCUGCUGUUUAGCCCGGCUGCUUGGAGGACCCACAGCUGAGAGUCUGGAAGCAAGAGAAGCAGACUCUUCUCCAGGUGGGAAAGGGUCCCAAGCAAUCCAGAGAGGAUGUCCGUGUGGCUUUCCUUCCCCCGCCUCCCCCACCUUCCACACUG